AAGCCUUCAAACAGGGGAAAGAUCGACAGAAAAGAUUCUAAAACAAAAGAGAUGAGUACUAAUAGCUUUAAAGGACACAAAGUGAUUCACAUCAGCAACGACGUUGAAGGUAGGCUAGGAAAAUGGACUGUUCUAAGAGCUAUGGAAAAGUAGACUUUUAGAUUCCAUACCCUCAAAUGUCACUACUGCGGAGAGAAUAUGUCGUCCAGGUCCCAUACAUUGGACAGGAAAAUCAUCGGAUACCGCGGAUAAGAAAUGUCUCAUCAUGGGUGACUCGAUCAGUUUAGGUUAUAUGGAUUAUGUUGUUGAAUUGCUCGAUGGAGACUGUACUGUCUAUCACGCUCCAUGGUCUGGUGAUGGAGGAAGCUUGGACACGCGCUAUAUGCUUCAGUGUUUACCCAUGUUUCUAUCCUCAAGUUUCUACGAACCUGUUCAGUAUGACGCCAUAAUAUUUAAUGCUGGAAUUCAUGAUAUUGACUGCUGCGAUUAUCAUAACGAGUAUGUCCCUCUCAAAGAAUACAAAAAAAAUCUGAAUAAAAUCAAGUCGGCUUUAUUAAAAACAGGCGCUAUGGUUGGCUUCGCGACCUCCACACCCGUCCCAUUUAGUAAAAAGAUGGACCAGAGGCUUAGACAGUACAACAAAGCUGCAAAAAAAGUUAUGAAGGAUGAUAAAUCCAUUAAAGUAAUAGACGUAUAUCACGCUUUAACCGAAAAAUGUGGUGGACUGACCAAAAAAUGCAGUCUAUUUCUGGAUCAGCCAAAUGUACAUCUCAGUGGUGAAGGGUACUUUUUAUUGGCUGAAAAGAUCACUCAAGGAUUCAAGUCUUUGUUGAAACGAACAAAGAAAAGAAAGAAAAAAGUUUCCAAGCAAAACGAUGCUCCUCCUGGUUCACUCUAUUGUGUACCAAAAACAGGAAAAAAAGGGAAAUACAUACACAACCUGACAGGUUGUCCUGGAAACACAACCUGCUGCCUAAACGGUUAUUCCAAUUCUUUCGUUGGCUGUUGUAUGUUAAAGGAUGCAAUGGAUUGUGGGGAUAACUGGCAUUGCUGUCCUAAAGGAACUGUUUGUGACCCUGGCUGUACUGGAAAAAGUUGCGUAUGUCGCAAAGCACCUUGGGAAUCAAAAGCGUCUAGAACUGCAUUUUCUCUCUUGAUGAAAGCAUUGAAUUCAUUUUGGAACAAAAUAGCUAAAAACUAUCCAUCCUUAGAAAAAUCAUGA